AAAUGAAUGAUGCAAUUCCGAUGGUUCCGUGAAGUGACUCAUCACAAGGCCGGGAAAUAUUGGUGCAAAAAGUAUCUGGGGGUGAAAGUAGAAUACAGCUAUUCUUGCUAUUUCCUUGAUUUUUCCAACUAUAUAAGAUUUAAGUUAGUAAUAUUCUUCAUUUGCUGAUUUUUGUACAACUAUCGACAUCGAGUAAGCUCACUACUUCUAGUUCUAGGCAAAAUGAAGCUUGUUGUUUUCUUGCGGAAGCUGGCGAAUGAGUCGGUGACCGUGGACUUGAAGAGCAACACCAGCGUCACUGGAACCGUGCUAGGCGUCGACAUGCAGAUGAACAUGCACGUGAAGAACGCAAAGGUACUUUUUAUGCACUUAAUACUUACAGAAAGAACGACAGAAAAAUUCGUUUUCAUUGAAAAAUGAUGACCACGACUAAGUACAUUGAUAUGGUGAUUCUCCAAACAGUACGUUUACGAAGAAGUGUACGUUUUUCAUUCCUGUACUUAUAACUACAGGUGUCAACACCCGGACGAGAGACAGUACCAAUGGAACAGAUAACUCUACGAGGCAACACGAUUCGGAGUGUCACCUUACCCGACAAUUUGGCCUUGGACACCUUGUUGACUGACAAGGAAGCCCGAAAGCGACCAGCGGUGGGCAAGGGCAAGGGAAAAGCUAAAGGCCGUGGCGGUGGUGCUAGAAUCCGUUAAGAGCAGAGACCACUUCUCUUUCAGAGAGACCACUGCUUUUCAUGAGGAGAUGAAGGAAUUUUGGGGGGACAAGAUGAGUGCUUCUUAAAAAUUAUAGUUGCUGGUGGUGCAGUGUGGGUGUGCCUUCGAGGUGGAGUACUUCUUCUACUAGCUAGAAAGGAAGAAAGGAGACCGACCGGAAGAAAGGCAGAAGGCAACAUCAUCUUCCGGGUCAGCAGUACUACAAAAACAAGCACAACAACAACAAAUACAACGACUUGAUAUUUGCACGAACAGAGGUGACGUAGACGUACAACGAGUGCGUCUAUGGGACAAUUACGGAGUAGAUGAACAACGAAACGUGCAACUAUGAACAUCGCGCCAACUAGCCUUUACCAUGCACCCGCAUGGUAGAAGAUUGAUAUUUAUAGCAGAAGACGUCGAAAGCUUCUGCCAUCAUUCAUGAAUCAAUUUACAAAUCCCAUUACCACGACCCAUAAUAUAUGCCAUUGAAGAUGAACAUUGUCACCAUGAUCUAGGGACUACAAUGGAUAUCACAUUCGCGACACAAAGUCCUACGUUUCACAUUGCGCAUCACCUAAUGAACACUGCCUGAAGCAGAUGCAAAAAGAGCAAGGUG